AUGGCCCUCCGCUAUCGUUUUCAAAAGCUUCGAGAAAAAGUACAGUUGCACGGCGACAAUGAGCAGCACGAGCAGACGGAUUCGUGGAGCAACCGUGAUCUCAUUCCGCUCCCGCCUGCGCGUCGAACAUGGGGCUGGUUCCAUUUCUUCGGGUAUUGGGCGAUCAGUAGCUUGAAUAUCUCGAAUUGGCAAACGCCGAAUUCGUUCCUGACUCUCGGACUAUCGGUAGGCCAGUCCAUGCUAAUCAUUGUGCUCGGCCGUCUUCUCAUUGCCGGGUUCUCUGUGCUCAUUGCGUGGUGCGGCUUGGAAUGGCAUAUCGGGUUCACGGUUCAGAAUCGGUAUACUUGGGGGAUGCGGGGGAGCUACAUUCCCCUUCUGCAACGAAUCCUACUCAACUUCAUCUGGACAGCUGUACAAUGCUGGAACGGUGGACGACUAAUCGCCGUUUGCAUAACCGCCAUAUGGCCCUCCUUCGCGCGCAUCCCAAACACCCUCUCCGCCUCCAUGCCCACCACCACGUACCAGUUCGUCGGCUUCAUCCUCUUUUGGACGUUCAGUACCCCUUUCCUUCUCAUCCGCCCCGAGAAGUUCAAACUCCCGUUCCAAGUCAUCUCCCUUUAUUGCGGCAUCGGUAUGCUCUGCAUGAUGACCUGGGCCCUCGCGACCGCCAACGGCGUUGGCCCCCUCUGGAGCACCGGCACCGCCAUCCCCUCCACCAGCAUGUGGAACUCUAGCUGGCUGAUCAUGUCCGGGAUCAACCAGAUGAUCGGCGGUAUCGCAGCCGGCAUCACAAACGGCAGCGACUUCAGCCGCUACUCGCGUAGCCCUUCCCACUACGUUGGUGGCACCAUCGCCUCGGCGUGGAUCGUGGGCAUCAUGGUCAGUUUCAUCGGCUUAGUCACCACGAGUGCCGCGCAAAAAAUCUACGGCGAGGUCUACUGGAACCCGCCCGACCUGCUCAUGGUGAUGAUGGACAGCGGGAAUGGCUCAUCCAAAGCCCGUGCCGGCGUCUUCUUCCUCUCUCUCGGCUUUGCACUUACGGCCAUGUUCGAAAACAUCUGCGGCAACGCCGUCGCCGGGGGUAUUGACUUGGCGGGGCUGUUCCCGCACUACAUUAAUAUUCGCCGCGGUGCUAUCAUUACCUUCAUCGCUGCAUGGGUUGUGCAGCCGUGGCAACUGAUCAACAAGGCGACUACGUUUAUUCAGGUGCUGAGUUCAUUCUCGGUGUUUCUGGCGCCCAUUAUUGGAGUCAUGGCGACAGAUUACUAUAUCCUGAGAAGUCGGAAGGUGAAGCUAAGUCAUUUGUAUCGGACGCAGGACAGUGAUUACUGGUACUGGCAUGGGGUUAACUGGCGCGUUAUCCCGGCUUGGCUCGGCGGCUGGGCUCCAACGGUGGGCGGAUUGGUGGUUACGGUGCAGGGAAAGGCGAAUCCGCCGAGGGGGUUGGUGGAGCUGUACUAUAUGGCUUUCUUGAUUGGGUUCUUUGUUAGUAGCACCAUUUUCUUGGUGCUUAACAAGAUCUUUCCGAGGGGGGGAAUGGGCGAGUAUGAUGAGGUCGAUAUCUACGGGACGUUCACGGCCAAAGAAGCAGCUCGCUUGGGAGUGGUGGGGCUGGAUGAUGCCGGUGAUGUGAUUGAAGGGGUUGAGCGGGCCGCAGAUGUGGAAGAUAAGAAGGGUACGACCGAGGAAGUGGUCGAGAAGAACUGAUAGAAUUGAUCAAUAAGACUGUAGGUUAAAGCGCACCUAGACCGUCUGCAUUUGCACUUGAUUCUUGAAUACGAUAGUAGUAAGAUCCGACCCAGACUUCUGCAG